AAGCCAGACAGCAUUGUCGAUAACAAGAGUCAAUCGAAUCUGAAUUUCCCUCGCUUUGUAUAUUAACUUUUAAAUUAAAUUGAAACCAAAAUGGAGACUCCGCCCACGCCCACUUUGUCAACCCCGCCAGCAGCUUUGGUCGAGGGCGAAAUGGAUGACAUUCAGUAUCUGCUCCACUUGGAGGCGAUGCGCCGUUUCCAGGAGGACAACCGCCAUAUUAAGCGUCAGGUGGAAGAACAAGCGCGUCUCUGGCUGGACGCCAAGUGCGAAUAUAAUCGGGAAUUCGCAAGGCUGACCAGGCUACUAAAGUGUGCCGCCCUUCAAAAGGCGGUGGACGGUCAACGCGUAAACUCCGAUGUGGAUCAUGUCGCCCGGGCGGAGAAUGACAUCGAAAGUCUGCGAUCGAAACUCUCUAGAUAUCUGCCUCCGGCCAGUGUGGCUUCUAAGGAAAUGGAACUGUGCCUGGAGCAGUUAAAAACUGCUCACAAGCCCCGCUUAGACUUAAGCCGCCAGCAGCGCGAGUUUGCCCAAAAUCAGGAAGCUCUGAAGGGUCUGCGAACCGCCGUCGAUGCGUUGGAGAAUGGUUUAGAGAUCGGCAUAAUGCAGGGCAUGGAUCACCUCAUCGAGGACCUACUGCCUCCGGGGGAAAAAUCAAACUAGUGGUGGAUUCGGUGGAUUCAAAGCAUAUUUAUAUUCGCGAUAUAAACUAGUUUAUUUAUAACAAUAAAAGCCAAUUAUUGCGGCUGAAAAACUUCGAUUUACAAGCAUUCCAGUUCCAUCCAAUGAGAAUCAAUAAAAAGGCAAUCUAUAAUAGAA